GUCAAAGCUUAGAUUAUGAAAUGUCAACACUGUCAAACAAAUCGUUUCCACUGAAUUUUCAGUAGUUCAGUUAGAGAAUUUUUAAUUUAUCGGUAGCUAACAGUGAAAUUACUUUUCAUUUUCCAGUAACAUGAUGCAACAUCAGUACUGGGUAACAAAAAAGACUGUGCUAAAAAAACUAGGAACCAAAGAAGAUGAGUGUAUUGUUGCGUCCGACGCCGAGCUUGAUGCCAAACUGGAAUUAUUUCGAUCAAUAUCAGACAGCUGCUUACAAUUACAGCGAGUAUUGGACCAAUAUCAGGAGCGAUUGUGUAUUUUGGCUCAAGAGGAAAAUGCAUUAGGAAAGUUCUUGCGAGAUGCAGGGAAAAAUGCGGAUGCAUCGGGUAAACACAUGGUGUCGGCUGGAAAAGCUAUUUCAUAUUCUGGUCAGCAGCGCUUAUCGGUGAGGGGGCCGCUCUUGAGGCUUUAUCAUGAAGUAGAAACGUUUCGAGGUCGCGCUGUAAGCGAUAUGCGGGCGACUGUGUCAGCUAUGGAAAAAGCCCGAAUUGAGUACCGUGCUGCUCUCAGCUGGAUGAAAUCGACAAGCGCACAGUUAGAUCCCGAUACUGGACGCGGCCUUGACAACUUCCGAAAGGCACAACGACAAGUACGCGAAAGCAAAAAGCUGUUUGAUAAACUCACUCUGGAUGUUUUGCAAAAAAUUGAUCUCUUAGCUGCAGCACGAUGUAACAUGUUUUCUCAUGUACUUUCCAACUACCAAGGAUCCUUCAUAACUUUUGCUACAAAAGUAGCACAAACUUUAACAGCUACUGCAGACACUAUGAAUGCUACUCCACAGUAUGAGUUUUCCAUCUUGAAGGAGCUGUCUCAGACAUUGGGUGAGAGUGAAAGUAAGCAGGAGGUUACACCACAGGACAAAGAUCAGAUGCUUUUCUUUCAAGAUGAAUUUAAAGAUGAUAAUCCAGAGACCAGUGAAAAGUCUAAAACAGACAACGAAAAUGGCAAACAACCGUCCAACGAGGGAGAUGUGAAGCCUAGUACUUCAGUAAAUCUUAUUGAUACCAGCUACUUGGAAUCAGAGUCGUCAAGCGGAAAUGCUGGUAUACUUUCGGAAUUAGCUGGCCUACAGUUGGAUUGUGGUGACACUCGGGGUGAUUUUGGAAACUUUUUGCCUUCACAAUUGUUACAGAACUCGUCCAGCUUACUCCAAGGACCAAUGACUCCUUUGAGCAGCAACAAUAAUCAGGCAGUGAAAUCAGUACAAACUUCCAAACCUGCACCAAGUUCAGUUUUUCCGAAAAAGGAUGACAAAGCAGCUUGGUUCAAACUUUUUGCUGAACUGGAUCCUUUGGCUAAUCCUGAUAACCUUCCAGGUUCUAACACCAACCAAAGCCAUGCAGCCUAAUGCAAUUUACGUUAUUUUCUAGAGAAAGAGCUUAGAUUAGGUUGAAACCAUAAUUUACAUUAACCAACACAAUGGUCUACUUUCUGGCAUUGUUAACUAAUUUUGGGCACUACACCUCGGGCAGUGAACAGGCAUUCCUCAAACAUCUAUGGGAAAAAGUAGGCUUGAGUUGGUAUAAACUUUUUUGAGGUGACAAAAGUUGUCUUUUUUAUUAUAACUUUUGUGAGACAUCCUAAAUUAAUUAAUAUGUUUUCGGCUUACUCACGUAAUAAUUUGACGACAUACUCGACUAGUUUCAAGCCAUGCUAGAGGCCCGUAUUUAUGAGCAGUUUUCCGCGACACGCGAUUCGGUGAAUGUCGCGCUGUUACUACACUAGUCAAGUAUCUCGUCAAAUGAUUACGUGAGUAAGCCGAAAACAUAAUAAUUAAAACUUGUCUUGUUCAAACCAUUGAAAUAUGUAGUAUCUUAUUUUCAAUGCAUCACCCAAACACCUAAAGUUAUGUUAAUCUGAAAUAUGUAGGCAUAUUAUUGAGGAAGUAAAAGAAAUUAUGAAUGUCUAUGGUUAUUGUGUUAUCUAAUGCUCUGGACACCAUACUAUCCAUAAAUGCUUUAAUGGUUAAUUUCAUAGUUAGAAAUGAUCCAUACCUAUCCAUGGUGAUAAUAAGUGAUGUAACAGGAAAGUUAAUGUAUAGGAGAGUUAAAAAAUGUAAUAACAUAUUUGGUUUUAGGAAAUUACUUGGAUUAGUACAAUUAAUGUAUUACUAUGCUCAUUAGCUUACAAUAUUUAUAACCAUGUAUUUUAUGUACAUUUUAUAUAUUGUACACUGCUCUACUAGGUAUACUUACUGUGACUCUGAUAUAAAUUAUCAGUUUAUAUGACAAAUAAAACCUAAAUAAAUUGAAUUUUGAGAUCCCCGUACUAUUAUGGGUUUAAUGUCGCAUACAUAAAUAUGUCGUCAAUCAUGCGGGCGGUCCGUACGAUCCGACAAAAUAGCGACACGUUUAAUUUGACAAUUUAUCAUUCAUAGUAUUUAAAUUGUAUAACUUUUGUGUGAUGGGAUAAUUGUUUGAAUAUUUAGCUAGUUCUAAAGUAUUAUAAUGAAAGUACUUAAUUUUAUCACCAAAGAUUUAUGUAAUUUAUAUGUUUAAUAUGUUUAUGUUGCUGUUAUUUCAAUUAAUGAUUUUAUUGUGUUAAACUAUAUCGAACAAAAAUGUUUACAUUCCAAAUAUUGUGAUAAUCAAUGCAAUUAUUUUUGCAUAUGAGUGUUAUUGUUUUUUUUUUCAGCCAUCGUUUUUAAAAAACAAAAUGUUAAAAAAGUUAUUGGACAAUAAAGUAAAAGUCACACAUAGAUGUGUCAUUAAAGGCUAAUUUUUCAAUAGUUAAAAUUUACCUGAUGAUGCUGUCGCGUUAGAACAUAUUUUGUAUAAGACAGUGACAGUGUGUUUAUUCCUCAGAUAACAUUUGUCUAUUGAAAAAUCAGCCCUAAAUAGAUCAAACAUUAUUAUUCUGUGAAUAAAAUAAAAACAACAAAAAUGUGUAAAGUAACAGUGUUAUAUGUUUUUGUAAGUCUGUACACAUUAAUAUAUCUAGUCAAAU